UUUUUAAAGAUGGUAAUCCCUUUUGGAAUGCUCAGCAUUUGAUGAAGCCCAAUUUAACGUAUAAAAACUUGUUUUAUGUUUAGUGACGACGAAUUACUUUUAAAUUAGAUGCUUUGGGUAAUCCCAAGCUCUGAAAACCACACUUUGAGAACCGCUUUUAUAAACAUUCGAAACUGCGAAGCUUUUCGGAUCACGACUUUAUAACAUAAUAUUUAUCGUCAAAUGUAAAUAACAUUUUUGUUUUCCUUCAAUGCUCUUUUGAACUAGGUAUUUGUGAAGCUUUGAAGCAAAACAAUAACACUGGUGUGAAGGCUCAAUGGUGAAGGUGGGUAAAUCAUGAAUAAAUCAUAUUUAGAGCUAGAUGGAAGAAACCGACGUCGUGGUGUCUGGACUUUAUUCUGUAAUAAUAGUGUAAUCGGAUCAAGGAAGCAUUUAUGUGGGGUGGCGAGUUCCAUCCAGACGUCCUAUCUGGAGUCCAGUAACUGUGUUAGAACCUUCGAUACAAAAUGGUCGACGAUAGUGCUGUACUUAAUAGCAAGAAUCUGGAAGAUGUUUUGACAGAAAAACAAGUCAAUUGCAUCAUUAGGAAGACUACGAACAGUGGUCUAGUUUGGCGGCUGGUCAGCUCCGAGGUGAAGCCAGCCGCGGGAUGAUCGGGUUCCUGGGAGACCACCUCAGGGUCACCCUGAACGUAGCCGCGGGAGACGCCAGCAAGACCAUACAGUUGUUCAUAAAGCGGAUGCCUACUGAAAACCCAGACAAAGUAGAUUUCAUCAAGGAGAAUAAUUUCUUCAAGAAAGAAGCCUUGGGAAGCAAGCUUCUCAACGAGUUGCAAACUGACAAUGAUUCGACUCCAUGGUGUGUGAAGCCCCUAAUCUCAACCGAUACCAUGAUCGCGAUGCCGGACGUGCGGCCGCUGGGCUACUCCGCAAAAUGUCCGCGCGAGACCUUAGACUUGGAACAUUUGCUGCUCACGGCUGCCUCCGUCGCCAGGUUCCACGCCGCCUCAGUUAACUACGAGACCAAUAGGAUCCUCCAAUUCAACCAACCCUGGAAAUUCACCCAGGAAUAUCCUGAAUUUCUCGUAGACCUUCAAUUUGGUCCAUCCAAAGACGGUCGAUUUAUGCGAGUAUGUUCAAAACUAACGACCAAUCUUUUGAAGACAUUCUCCAAAAAGUACAAUCAUAUUUUAGAUCUGGAAUCGGAAUUGUAUAAUUUAUUUCUGCUUGCUUGUGGCAGCCUCAGGGAAUAUGAAGAUACGUUGAAUGUAUUGAACCAUAAAGAUUUGUGGAUUGCUAAUAUAAUGUUUAAAUAUGAAAAGGGAGAACCGGUUAACGCAUUGGUUGUAGACUACCAGUGUCUGCAGUCCGGACCUCCAGCGUUUGACCUUAUGAUCUUACUAUAUUGCUGUACUACCAGGAGCUUCAGAGAACGGCACGAAAUUGCCGUCUUGAAAUAUUACUUCUCUGUAUUUUUGGAAAACUUGGAAGAGGGCUCAAAGCAAAGACUGAUGAAACUAGGGUAUGACGAGAAAGAAUUUAUUCGAUGGUGUGAGAUCGCGCGCAUGUACGGAAGCAUUCGGAUGGUGGGGCUGGCCCCGCUGAUCCUCAUGGACCCCGUGUCGGCUCAGCAGAUCUUCAACGAGCCGAACACGUUCAAGGAGGUGUUCCUGACAGACCGCACCAAGCCGGUGCUCGAGUACUGCCGCCAAAACCCUGAAUACUUAGAGCGCGUAUUGGAAGCUUUUGAAGAAUUUGCCGAGAGGUAUGUUGACAAGUAAUUUAUGAUCAAAUAAAUAAUUUGAAUAGGAUCCUAAAGGAAUCUGUAUAUUUUUAUGUUAGGUAUCUUAAGUAAAUUAACAAUAUAUUUCUAUAUGUACAUACCUACCUACAUGCCAUGUACCUACAUUAUAGGGUUGGGUAACAAUAAAUAAAUGGUUUUUUGUUUGACUGAUUUUCAAAUUGAAUUGUAAAUUGUUGUAAUGUUAGUUUAAUAAAUAAUUAUUUUCAAAGAUUUUUUUAUUUUCGUCAUGUCUGAAAUUUUUACCUGAUUUAACUGUCCCUAAAUAAUUAAAUAAUGUAGGAGAAAAUAACAGUAUUUGAGUCAAUGGAUUGGAUACAAUCAACAAAUAAUAACAUAAGAGAAGAGGAAAUAAUAUAGGACAUAAACAAAAAAUACUAAA